GUAUUUAACAGAAGCAUUUUUGAAUUGAUAGUUUAUUUUAUUGAUAAAAAACUAUUUCUUCUUAAUUGAAUUUGCUGAAAGCGCUGAUGCAUAAGUGUGCAUAAGUAGCCAAAUAGCGUUGAUUUAUUCUUUGGUUUUAAUGGGGCUAAAUGUCUGGAGCAAACUGGUGAAGUGGUUAAAAUACACAUGAUUUAAGACAACUGUAUCCCUCCGAACAGCCAUAAGGCACGAUCGCGCUGUUAUGCUUGAUUUAUGUAAUGCUGUUUUUUGUUGUUUUUACACCCUCCCGUUUUUUAAAACCUCAAAUCUGAAGGAAAACUGCGAACAGAUCAUUUGAAUAUGAAGAACUGUUUUAAAUGUAGCUAUAAGGUUUCGGAAGAAAAAGCCAGCCAGCUCCCAUGCGUCUCACGCAUGUCUCUGUCAGUUUACUGAGGUGGAUGUGACUUUAUGUCAGGUGUAGUCCUGCACAGUGGCCUCAUCUUAUAGAGCUGGGAAUUACUCCGCACACCGGUGAAGAGGUUGAGAUUGCAUCUGAGUCACAAUCGCUGUUUACUCCUGGCCAAUUAAAGUAACAGCAGACACAGAGAAGCCAGGGUUGCUCAAGCUUUCCUCAACAAUAUUGCGGAUACCUCAGAAGCAGCUGCACAUCAGCCAUUGUUCUAUGGACGCCAAGAAGACAAAGCCUAUAUUUGGAGCCUAUUCUGCAGAGGAGAAAGAUGCUUGUAUCAGGAGGGACCUUCUGAAAAAGGCAGCUAACAAAAUGUAACCGAGCAAGACAGGCGCUGGACGUUACUGAAGCUGAAGCUGCGUUCAACACACAAGCCUGGAUGUUGAUUUCUCACCUGCUGCUCCCAGGAAAACUGGUUUCAACAGACUUUAAUUUUCAGUCCAAACAGUGAUUUUUUUCAUGUAUUUUUUUGGUUCAGAGAACAUUCAAAGACUUCCUAAAUCGCUCACCUCCAAUCUGUCUCUUGUAUUUGUAAUGCAUUUUUAACAGUGGUUUGUACCAGCUGCAUAAAAACAGUCAGUUUUAACAUCAUUAACAUUUUCAAGAUGGAUUACUCGAUUUUAGCUCAGUAGUUUUCGUUUGCAUAUAUUAUAUUUCUCUUUCAGUGGUUCUGCAUGCAACUUGUCCUUUUAUUUUCCUUGAUGCAUUGCCAACGUAAUGGCUCAUUUGCUCGAGGCAUCAUCAUUCAAAUUAUGUUUUGACAAGACAGACUUAAUGUGAUCAUUACUCUAAUGGCUUUUAUGAGAAUGGCCUGAUGUCUACUCUCUCUAGUAGUGAACUUAAAUAGGUGUGCGCUUCAGUCUACCACUUCUGCACAGGCCAGUUGUUGAGUACCAGCAUUGUACUGGAACUAAUGAUUCCUGUGCUGGACAAUAUGACCCCAGCUCCCCUGACACAGAACUGUUCCAACUGCAGCCACGUUUUAGUCCCAGAGCUCAAUGUGGUCAAGGCUGUGGUUUUGGGUCUGGUGCUUGGUCUCUUCAUUGGGUUUGGAGUCGUGGGAAACAUUCUGGUGAUCCUCUCGGUGGUUUGCCAUCGACACCUGCGGACAGUCACGCAUUAUUUCAUAGUUAAUCUGGCAGUGGCAGAUUUGCUGCUGAGCUCCACCGUACUGCCGUUCUCUGCCAUUUUGGAAAUCCUGGAUCGAUGGGUAUUUGGACGGGUUUUUUGUAAUGUUUGGGCAGCUGUGGAUGUGCUCUGCUGCACGGCUUCUAUCAUGAGCCUCUGUGUAAUAUCUGUGGACCGCUACAUUGGAGUAAGCUACCCCCUGCGUUACCCAUCAAUCGUUACAAAACGCAGGGCUUUCUUGGCACUGAUGCUGCUCUGGGUGCUGUCUGUCAUCAUAUCUAUUGGACCUUUGUUUGGCUGGAAAGAGGCACCGCCCGAGGACGAGUCCAUUUGUAAGAUCACAGAGGAGCCGGGCUACGCGAUCUUCUCUGCAGUGGGCUCCUUCUACCUUCCUCUGACCAUCAUACUGGUAAUGUACUGUCGGGUCUAUGUGGUAGCUCACAGAGAGAGCCAGGGCCUGAGAGAGGGCCACAAGACAGAGAAGUCAGAUUCAGAGCAAGUGAUUCUCAGGAUACACCGAGGCAAUGCAACUGUCUCAGAUGACGAGGCCCUUCGCAAUCGCACACAUUUUGCUCUGAAGCUGCUGAAAUUCUCUCGUGAGAAGAAGGCUGCCAAGACCUUGGGCAUUGUGGUUGGCUGCUUCGUGUUGUGCUGGCUCCCCUUCUUCCUGGUGCUACCCAUUGGUUCAAUCUUCCCUGCAUACAGACCUUCAGACACCGUCUUCAAGAUCACCUUCUGGCUCGGUUACUUCAACAGCUGCAUCAACCCCAUCAUCUACCCAUGCUCCAACCAGGAAUUUAAAAAAGCUUUCCAGAGUUUACUUGGAGUUCACUGUUUGAGGACGACUCCCAGACCACACCACCAUCAUCAGAGUCAGAUGCAGGGUCACGGCCAGCCCCUCACCCUGGGCCUCGACAGCAGGGGGCCUCCUUCUCGGCUCAGCCCCUCCUCCUCCAUGGCCCUCUCGAGAACUCCUUCCUCCAGGGACAGCCGGGAAUGGAAGGUCUUUUCUGGAGCCCCCGCGGGCGAUUCUGGACCAGCUGAAACGAGCAGAGCGAAAGUGGCCAAACUCUGCAAUAAAAGCUUACAUCGGACCUGCUGCUGCAUCCUCAGGGCCAGGACUCCCCCGCGGGAGUCCGGCUGCGCCCACCCCACCUCCACCAGAAACCUUCCCACCAUUAAAAUCCAUCAGCUGUCCCUAUCAGAAAAAGGAGAGCCAGUAUAGCCACUGUAACGCUUCAUCCAUUUGUUAUGAGUAGCCUUUCAAGUUCGCACAUGAGAAUAAAUGCCCUUUUCCUCCGUUAACAUCACAAUGGAAUGAGCUGGUGGUGAAAUAAUGGCUGCUUUUACAUUUCAAUUUCAAAUUUCAUCUCAGCUUUGAAAGCUUUCUGUGAUUUUUUUUUUUUUUUAAUCUUGAUGUUAUCACAAGAAAGCAGAUUUUUAGCUUUGCACUGCAAGAUACAGCUAAUAAGGGAAACGAUCAAAUCUGGGAAGUGCUCGUAUGAAGAAAAACCAAAAAGAGCAAAAGAUUUUCUAUAUGUUUACACAUUUUAUAUUCAAGAAAAGCAGUUGAAAUGUCUAAAGCUGUGACGAGGGGGGCUCUUAUAUAUUGCAUGAGUUCGACAAUAAUUUCUGAAAUGCUGAUCAGUGGUGCUCCUGUUGUCUCCAGAUUUUGCUUCCUGCUCCUGUGGUGAAAUUGUUGCUUGUGUACUGCUCUGUACACAGUGGAAACCGAGAGACCUCACAUACUUCUGUGUCACAUACAAUAAAUUUGUAAGACAUACUCCUA